GAGAUACUUAAAUCCUAAGGAAAGGAUCGCGAGGAAGCAUCCGAUGGCGGCGCCAAGCAUACCACUCACCAUUUCCCCAACCGUCAAUAACGACCGCCACUUCGCAAACCACCCCACAGUCACACUCAUCGAAAAAUGCUCAAAUCCGCAGCAGCUCAAGCAGAUCCACGCUCAGAUGCUUCGCGUCGGCCUCUUCUUCGACCCUUUCUCCGCCAGUAAGCUCAUCCAGUCAUCCGCUCUCUCCCAAUUCUCCAGCAUCGACUACGCCCACAAGGUGUUCGACCAAAUUCCCCAACCAAAUCUCUAUUCUUGGAACACCCUCAUCCGCGCCUACGCCACCCGCUCUCACCCCCUCAACUGUCUCUCCAUCUUCUCCCGUUUGCUCCAAGAUUGCCCCGAGAAGCCCAAUAAAUUCACUUACCCCUUCGUCAUCACAGCCUUGGCUAAGCUCAAGGAUUUGGAGCUCGGGAAAGGGAUCCAUGGCAUGGCCGUCAAGGAGGGUUUCUCCUCCGAUUUGUACGUGGCCAACUGCUUGAUCCAUUUCUACGUGGAAUGCGGGUGUUUGGAUAUGGCGUCGCGUGUCUUCUCCAAUAUGCCUGAGAGGGAUGUGAUCUCUUGGAACUCCAUCGUUGAUGGGAUGGCUCAGAACGGCCUCUUCGAUGAAACGAUGGAGAUCUUCUGCCGCAUGGAAGAAGAAGGCGUGAGGCCGAACGACAUCACAAUGGUGGGAGUCUUGACUGCCUGCAGGAGGGUGAAGGUGGAUGUGAGGUUUGGGAAGAUGGUGCAUUCCUACAUAGAGAAGAACAGGAUCAAACAGAGUUUGAUCCUCUGCAACGCGGUUCUUGACAUGUACACGAGGUGUGGGGGCGUGCACGAAGCUAAGAUGUUCUUCGACAAGAUGAUGGAGAAGGACAUCAUCUCAUGGACAACCAUGCUUGUGGGGUAUGGUAGCCUGGGCGAUUUUGAUGCGGCCAGAGGACUCUUCGACUCGUUGCCUACCAAAGAUAUUGCAGCGUGGAACGCUCUCAUCUUGGCCUAUGAGCAGAAUGGUAACCCUAAGGAGGCCGUGGCCGUUUUCAAUGAGCUGCGGCAGAGCAAAACAGCGAAACCGGAUGAAGUCACUCUUGUUAGCACUUUAUCAGCCUGUUCCGAGCUGGGGGCGAUCAAGUUGGGUUGUUGGAUCCAUGUCUAUGUAAAGAAGGAAAAAAUGAAGUUGAAUUGUCACCUUGCAACUGCCUUGAUCGACAUGUAUUCCAAGUGUGGCGAUCUGGAGAAGGCGCUCGGCGUCUUCCACUCAGCCGAGGGCAAGGAUGUCUUCGUGUGGAGCGCGAUGAUUGCAGGGCUAGGGAUGCACGGUUGUGGCGUCUACGCGCUGGAGAUGUUUGGGAAGAUGGAUGUGAAACCCACAGCAGUUACCUUCACGAACUUGCUAUCUGCCUGCAGCCACUCGGGUCUGGUCGAGGAGGGGAGGGAGUUAUUUGACCAGAUGGAGCGGGUGCACGGCGUGGCACCCGGGGUCGAGCACUACGCGUGCAUGAUCGACAUUCUGGGACGGGCGGGGCUGCUGGAGGAGGCGAUGGCGCUGAUCAAGACCAUGCCGGUGGCUCCCGGUGCCUCCGUGUGGGGGGCUCUGCUCGGGGCGUGCAGGCUACACAAGAACGUCGAGCUGGCCGAGGAGGCGUGGGCACGUCUCCACGAGAUCGAGCCACGGAACCACGGGGCACACGUGCUUUUGUCGAACAUAUACGCGAAUUCGGGCUUGUGGGAGAAGGUUUCGGAGGUGAGGAAGCGGAUGAGAGAUGUUGGGCUGAGGAAAGAGCCAGGGUGCAGCUCGGUUGAGGUGAAUGGCAGAAUGCAUGAGUUUCUAGUGGGAGAUAACACACAUCCUAUGUCGAAGAAGAUAUACUCGAAAUUGGAGGAAAUUGCAGAGAGAGUCAAGUGUGAAGGCUAUGAAACAAAGAAAUCAGAGGUGCUGCAAAUGGUGGAAGAAGAAGAUAUGCAAGAAAAGGCUUUGAGUCUCCAUAGCGAGAGACUAGCUCUUGCUUACGGGCUCAUCGCGCUCGAGCCGCCGACGCGACGAAUUCGGAUCGUCAAGAACCUUCGUGUCUGUGAAGACUGUCACUCUGUGUUCAAGCUUGUGUCGAAGAUUUAUGAUAGGGAUAUUGUGUUGAGAGAUAGGUAUCGCUUUCACCACUUCAAGGAGGGGUCUUGCUCUUGUAAUGACUAUUGGUGAAGAGCUAUUAUAAGAGUGACAGGUUAAUAUUUUAUUGGUUUCGAGGAUUAAAAGUCGUUGAUAAAAUAAGGAUCGGAAAUGUAUUAUCCAAA